UUUACCGGUGUCUAUUGUCAUUUUGCUAACGUCGGCGUCUUGAAUAAGGGCAAUAAACUUUUUGUAAUUUAUUUCAUUAAAAUAAUCCAUAUUUAAUACGUUUCUAGGUGUUUUAAACCUAUUUUAUAACAGUAAGUUAAGAUGUUUGAGGCAAGAUUACUUCGCAGUUCCAUUUUGAAGAAGGUUCUGGAGGCAAUAAAGGAUCUUUUAACACAGGCCACGUUUGAUUGCGACGACAAUGGAAUACAAUUACAGGCUAUGGAUAACUCACAUGUGUCACUGGUUUCACUCACAUUACGAGCAGAUGGAUUUGAUAAAUAUAGAUGUGAUAGAAACAUAUCUCUAGGUAUGAAUUUGAGUAGUAUGUCAAAGAUCCUGAAGUGUGCCGGUGACAAAGAUACAGUGACAAUGAAAGCACAGGACAAUGCUGACACUGUGACCUUUGUAUUUGAGAGCCCCAAUCAGGAGAAAGUAUCUGAUUAUGAAAUGAAGCUCAUGAAUUUAGAUCUUGAACAUUUAGGUAUUCCUGAGACAGAGUACAGCUGCACCAUUCGCUUGUCCAGUGCGGAGUUUGCGAGGAUCUGUCGUGAUCUCUCACAAUUUGGAGAAUCUAUUGUCAUAUCAUGUACUAAAGAAGGAGUGAGAUUCUCAGCAUCGGGGGACAUUGGUUCAGCUAACAUUGCGCUGGCGCAGACAGCGUCCGUAGACAAAGAGGAGGAGGCUGUGGUCAUAGAGAUGGAGGAGCCUGUCACCCUCACCUUUGCCUGCCAGUACUUAAACUACUUCACCAAAGCCACAUCUCUCAGUCCUCAGGUGCAGUUGUCUAUGUCUGCGGAUGUACCACUCGUGGUGGAGUACCGUAUACCAGAUAUCGGUCACAUCCGCUACUACCUCGCGCCCAAGAUUGACGACGACGACAACUAGCAUGUACCUCUCUCUACCAAUGCGAUCUUUUCAAAUAAAAUUAUGUUGUACUUUCGUGCCUUAUUGAUAUAUGUG